ACAACCUUACAAAAUCUUCCCUCCCUUUGAACAAAAUGGAUAACUUUUUUUAAUUUCUUCAUCACCAUGCAUGAAAAUAGGUAUAUAAAGAGCUUGAUUUUAAGACCAAAUCUCUAAAGCUUAUAACCAUUCCAUUUAUUUCUCGCAAUACCAAUAAAGUUUUUGUUUUCGUGUAAUAUUAUCGCAUUUUCAUGGCUUGGAAGUACAAAGGAGGGCUAAUUCUUCUCGUUGCCGUCGUGGUCAUAUGGGUCGCUUCUGCUGAGAUCACACAGAGUAUUUUUACGGACUACGAGCAUCCGUUUGUGAUGACAUAUGUCGGAACCUCCAUGUUGGUGGCUUAUCUUGCAAUUGCCUUCAUCAGAGAAUGCAUAGUGAAGCUAUUCAGAAGCCAUUUUCCAAAUAGAAAUUCUAAAGAAGUUGCAGAGAUUCAAGAACAAGAUAAUAAUAAUAAUAAUAAUAAUACCAAUAAUAACAAUAAUAAUAAUAAUAAUAAUAUAUCCGAGGUGGAAAAUGGUGAUGUUCAUUGUGUGGUGAACAUUGAAUGUGAAGAACAAGAAAAGGGGAGUGUUAGUAAUAACGGUCGUUGUGAGUGUGAAGCUGAAAAUGGAACACAAGAAACACCGUUUAGUACAAAGCAAAUGGCUGUUUUGGCUCUUGCUAUUGGUCCCAUCUGGUUUGUCUCCGAGUAUUUUACAAAUGCGGCAUUGGCAAGAACGAGCGUAGCAACCACCACCAUAUUGUUCUCAACGUCCGGUCUCUUCACACUCAUACUCGACGCAUGUUUCGAAAGACAAUCUCUAAGCAUAGUAAAUGUCGUUGCAGUCUUCGUCAGCAUGGCCGGGGUUGCUAUGACCACCGUCGGAAAGACAUGGGCUCGUGAUGAAACCCAAUCCUCUUUCGGGCAUGAAAAGCAUUCGUACAUCGGGGAUGUAUUUGCUCUGCUCUCUGCUUUCACAGACGGGCUCUACUACGUGCUUUUGAAGAAGUAUGCAGGGGAAGAAGGGGAGAAGGUUGAUAUGCAGAAAUUUUUGGGAUAUGUUGGGUUAUUCACACUCACAACUCUCUGGUGGCUAAUAUGGCCAUUGAGAGCCAUGGGAAUAGAGCCCAAAUUUGGCAUACCACAAUCCACCAAAGUAGCAGAAAUAGUGCUUGCAAAUUGCUUUGUAUCAAAUUUCGUCUCAGAUUACUUCUGGGCAAUGGGUGUUGUCUGGACGAGCCCACUUGUAGCUGCUUUAGGUGCCUCGCUAACCAUACCGCUAGCCAUGGUGGGAGACAUGCUACUCCAUGGCCGCCACUAUUCUUUGGUUUAUAUUUUUGGAUCCCUUCAAGUAUUUUUGGGGUUUAUGAUCGCUAACUUUUCGGAUUGGAUAUCGCCCAAGUUAAAGUUGAGGAAGAAGUUCUUCAAUGGAGCGAAAUAUUCAUUACUUACCUAAAAACAAAAGGCAGGCUGGGAAGAUCAAAGUUUAAGGAAAUGGGAUGACAAUGAAUGAAAGAUGUUUUCAGUUGAUU